AUGAAUUUUCUUGCAUCUCGUAAUAUCAUUGGUACAGAUGCUGCCGACACUGCUUUUAUAUGCCUUUUUUUUGAUAAACUUUUCGACUCACUAAAUGGAAGUUUUGACAAAGUAACUGAUGGAAAAAUAUACCGUACUGCUGUCAAAAAAAAUUCUAUCCAUCAUACUCUUUGGGCCGAAAGUUUAAAAGUGCUCAGUACAAUGAGCUUUAUACUUGAGAAUGGUAGAAAAAAGUCAGUUCCAACGAUCCAAAACUGGAUGACAACUAUACGAUCUUUUCAAACACUGUCCAAGGUGUUGGAUCUGAAUGGUAUACGUUUCUUUCUUCCUCGGCAUCUCAAUCAGGACCCGUUAGAAUGCUUCUUUGGUGCAAUCAGAAGUAUUGGUUCAAAAAAUCCGAAUUGUCAUGCAUUUGCUUCUGCAUACAAAACUUUAGUUUUGAAUAAUUUGGUGUCCACCCAAACAGGAUCGAACUGUGAAGAAGACUUCACAGAAGGAAGCUUGUCAUCAUUCAAAAAUUUUUUUGAGAGUGCCAUUGCUUCAACGUCUGACUUUGAGAACCAAAUUGUCAUUAGUGCUGAUUUGCCUCCAACACUACAUAAUUUAUCAAUGACUACUUCUUUUGUUCGAGGACAAGCUCAAAAUUACAUUGCCGGAUUUAUAGUAAAAAAAUUAAACAAAACUUUUUUUAAAAAUUGUCAAACAUGCCUCACUCAGCUUUGUACAGAAAAGGUAUCCGAACAUCAUUCAUUAAUAACUGCUCGAGAAUAUCAAUCAAAUCAUCCAACUUUAAAAUACCCAACAUCUACAUUAUGUUCUAUAGUUCAACAAAUCAUAAGUUUUGUCGGAGAAAAAAUGUCAAAUGUCUGUCUUCAUCCAAAUAUACAUUCAACUCUGACUAAUGCCUUAAAUCAACAAUUAAUUUUAACUUUUGAAUUAAAUUGUUCGGAACACAAAGAUCUUUUCCGGCUGAACAUAAUUAAAUUUACAGUUAAAAUGUUGAUACAACAUUAUUGUACUGAAGUUAACAGAAUCCUUCUAGGAAAAAGAAAAUUGCAAGACAAUGAGACUGAUCCUGUUAAAAAAUUGGCCUACACAUGGUAUUUAAAGCACUCAAAGACCAGAAAAACUCAGGGAAAGUUUAACUUAAUUUAA